CUUUGUUUUGAAAUGUGCAGUAUGUCAGUAUUGCUAGGGUCUCAAUAUUUGACUUUAGAUAUCCCUGAAUCUAAAUAUUCUAAGCAAAUCGAGCCAGAUCAAGAGGUAGCAGCAGUACUAUGUUCAGGAUUAGAAGCAGAAAAUUCUCAAGCUGCACAACUAAAGCCACCACAAACACCAUUAUUAACUCCAAAGAGUGAACAAGAACAAACAGAAAGUUGUUCUACAAACAGAGGUAGCACAGCUGCUCAAUAUCCGUCGCUCCACUUCUUAGCAGCGCAGGGAGAGGCUGCUAAAAUCAAAGAAGAGAUUGACAAAGGUGCCAACAUUAAUGCCGUAGACAAGACUGGACUCACACCUCUUGCAUGGGCAGCAGCUCACAGACAAAAAGCAACAGUUACCCUGCUAUUACAGAAUGGUGCAGAUGCAACAAUAUGUAGCCCCAGUGGUGAAAGUGCCCUGGCAUUUGGGACAUGUCAGGGCCAAUUGGACGUAGUAGAACAGUUAUUAGAAUAUGGCGCUGACCCCAAUGUUUGCACAUUGGAUGGAGGGUCUCCUUUGAUGUUUGCUGCUUAUAAUGGAUAUCCACAAAUGGUCAAGGUUCUUUUAGAACAUGGUGCAGAUCUGACUGCUACGAAURAUGAAGGUCACACUGCUUUCAGUCUGGCAGUUGGAAUGGGUAACAAAAAUGUUCAGAGAGUAAUAGAUGAUUAUUUAAGGUCAAUAUUGGAGAAUCCAAGACCACAGAAACUUAAGACGGAAGGACAAUAAAAAGAUGGAUGUUAACUGCAAGAAAACUGAAGGAAUAGGCUGUUUACAUUUUUAUAUAAACUAACACUUCCAGAAUACCUUUAUAUUAUAUUACUCCGUGUAUUUUUAUAUCAAGUGUUUUAAGAUGUAUGUAUAGUAUUUUUCGUAUUUUUUAAAUUUUAUCUCAUUUUUGGUACAUAAGAUGUACUGUACAAAAAUAUUUAAUUUCUCCUUUCUUUUAUCAAGAUUCUU